UUUUUUUUUUUUUUAAAGUAUUUUUUUUGUAACUUGUAUAUGAUUUACUCUCUCUCUCCCUCCCCUUCUCUCUUUCUCUUUCUAUGUCUGUAUGUUUCUCCCUCCCCCCUCACUCUCUAUAAUACAUAUAUAAAUAUGUUACCUCCAUCAUUCCAUUCAUCGGCCCCCUCUCCAUCCACCCACACAGACACAGACUAAUACGGGCACAUUGUGUGUAAAGAACUUUUCAUUCAGACAACAGAAUGUAGUUAGAUCUCGCAGGCACGCAACAUAGUCUCACAACUGGGUUAUCACCGAAUACUUUUAUAUUUGCUAUUAUUGUCUAAACUAUAAUAACAAACAUUGACAUAUACUAACUGCUGUCAUGAACCGAACGGAGUAUAAUCCAGUGCCCGAUUCACGAAAAGAUUCGAGCGAGGACUUCCGAGGUGGCCCAAAGAGGGACACGCUUUGUGGGAUUCUGUCAGUGACACCAGAGGUCAUCCAGCCUUGUGCCAAUAUGAGUUGCUUCACUGCUUUCUAUGGCAUGGCAGCUCUGUUGACCUCCACACUCUCCAUCUAUGUAAACUCACAGUUGACCACACUAGAGAGGCAAUUUGGCUUUACCUCCAAACAAACAGGACUCAUUAUGGGGGCCAACGACAUCGGCUUUUUGAUCUGUGUUCUCUUCGUCAGCUACUCCUCUGACAGAAUCCACAUUCCAAGGUCGUUGGGUAUUGCUACAGUUUUAUUUGGAAUCUCAGGAUUACUUUGCUCACUGCCACACUUCAUAUUCGGAGCUCGGGAACAUUCGGGAGCUUCCGCCAAAGUAGCAUCUAACCAAUCUCAGCAGAGAUCGUUGAUGUUUGGAGACCUCUGUGACAGCAGCAACAUCUCUUCGGCACCUUGUGACACAGAGCUUCAGAAAUCUGGCGCGUGGGUCUCCGAGCACGUGACUACGGUUUCCCUUGCGAUCAUUUUCAUAGGCAUGAUGCUGCAGGGUUUCGGCAAGGCUCCGAGAGUUUCCCUCGUGGUUACCUACGUUGACAACAACACCAAGAGAACCAACUCUGGGAUUUUCAUAGGAUGCAUCGUUACGAUGGGAAUCCUGGGACCACCCGCGGCCUACACUUUGGGAGGACUCUUUAGUAAGAUGUAUGUCACCUUGGAAGCAACAACCUUGACCCCCAGACACCCGAAGUGGAUUGGCGCUUGGUGGUUAGGUUAUGUGACUUUUGGAGUCUUGGCCCUCCUAAUAUCGAUACCGCUCUUCUGGUUCCCACGAAAACUUCCGCAGAAACACAGAACGACACCUGGCGACAUAGAAACAGUUACAAAAGACGAUUUCCCCAUCUCUGGACUUCCGGUGACUUCUAACGCGACUGGUGACGCUAAGAUUGAAUCUUCGGAAUUGCGUACUAGAAGUUUGAUUCAUCAUCCUCAAGACAGACUCCGUCUGAAGUCCCUGCUACAUGAAAUCAAAGGUUUCCUGGCAGCGCUAAUAAGGCUAUGGACCAACCCUAUCUACGUAUGUUUGAUCAUGUCCUCCUGUUUUGUCCUGUUUUCAGCCAGCGCUAUUGGGUCCUUCACACCAAAAUAUAUGGAGAGAAUGUUCAACUUGCCCGCGUACAAAGCCAACUACAUCAUGGCUGGCCAGUCGCUUAGCGCUUCCUGUGUUGGAACAAUUCUUGGCGGUUACCUGACGAAAAGAUUAAAGAUGACGGCGAAAAGGGCUUUGGUGUUUUCUACUGUGAUCCUUUUCCUGUCCAUUACUUGCACUGUAGUAGCCAUGUUCUUUCAAUGCGAGCAGCCGACAGUACACAACUGGCCAGGGUCAACAGAAUCCUGUUACGAUGACUGCCAUUGUGAAGAUAACAAAUACUUCGCCAUUUGUGGGCAAGACGGAAAGACUUACUACUCACCUUGUACAGCUGGCUGCACCAGUGUUAACAAUGGCGUAUACCAAAACUGCACUUGCAUCGCUGGAGGAACAGCUGUGGCUGGCUCCUGUGACUAUGGGUGCGGUCAGUUGUAUGCGUACUCGAUAUUUGCAGCACUCCGCACAGUCACAGGCACGUUGGUGAUAGUACCGAAAAUUAUUCUAAUGCUCAGAUGUGUGGAUGACAAAGACAGGGGGUCGGCCUUAGGUCUCUCGGCUUUCAUGACGUCAUUGUUCGGUUGGCUUUUGGGACCAAUUUUUAUUGGUUACGUCAUUGAUGGCUUUUGCACCAUUUGGGACGUGACGUGCGGCAAGAGAGGGCGCUGCCUUCUGUAUGACAAUGACGUCUUCCGGGUCAAGUUGCACGGCUACAGCGCCACCUCUUUGGCCUGCUCGUUUGUGGUUCUUCUCAUUGCCUGCAUAUAUGCCAGGUGCACUGGCUGUCUGGACGAGAAAGGCCAAAAGAAAAAGACUACUCCAAUAACGGUCCCAUUUAUUUGACAUGCCGAAUUGUGUUUCUGUAAGAACUGAAAAUUAUAUGAACGCUGAAAUGAUAAGUAUUUAAUCAAUUGUGAGAUUAUAUAAUCUUAUAAACUUGUGAGAGGGUAACUGCCUGUGUCGAAUCUUGUGACUCUGAUCUCCUAACGAUGCCCUGGGAUCUCAAAUUCUAAUCUGUCUAAUCUCUUUUAACAUAAAGACAAGUAGG